AUGUCCGCACGUGGCUAUCGUAAACUUCGAGGCAAUUCAAGACCAUCGGGAGGAGUUGCUGGUGCAUCUUCACGAUCUACAUGGCAAAAUUCGUCUCAAACUUUCAAUUCAGGUGAACGUUCUUCUAGUGCAUUUCCAGCACUGAAUGAAUCAAUGAGAAAUUUAUCGAUUGAUACAGCAUCGCCAAGAACUUCUCGUUCACAAAGUGUUCGUCCAUCAAAUGCUCGUCGUACUUUAUGUUCUGCAGUACCUGAUACAGCAGUCUUAACUCCAAUUCGUCGUCCUGAUAAAGGUGGUCAAAAUGGUCAACAUAUCGACGUAUACACAAAUCAUUUUCGUGUUGAUAUCGAUAAAGUUAUUGUUUAUCAAUACGAUGUUGAUAUUGUUAUGAUCGAUCGAUAUGGAAAAAUACGUUUCGCACGUAAAGAUGAUCGAUGGGAAGUGAUACAAACAAUAAUUAAAGAAAAAAAAGAUUUUCCAAUUAUAUGGUAUGAUGAAGGAAAAACUUUAUAUUCUCGAGAAAUAUUACCUGAAAUAACAUUACCAAUGCAAUUUAAACUGGGAAAAAAUGAAGACAUGAAAAUUUUUCAAUUGAAUAAAUUAAAUCUCGUUCGACAAGAUAAUAUCGAAAAUAUCUAUAAAUUUAUUCAACAAAAAACAACAAUUCGACCUCAUGAAACAGUUCGAAGUAUUGAAAUAUUAUUUAAACAACAUGCUCAUAAUGAUUUUAUAUGUAUUCGAAAUCAAUUUUAUGAUCGACGUCGACAACUCGAUGAUCUUGGUGAUGGUCGUGGUAUGGCAAAAGGAUUUUAUCAAGCAUUAUUUCUCACACAAUACGGACCAACAUUAAAUAUUAAUUUAACAUUUACAUGUUUUUAUAUGCCAUUAAAAUUUGUUGAUUUUGCUAGUCAAUACUUACGAAAAGAUAUCACGACAGAUCUAACUCAAAAUGAUUUAAAAGUUUUGGGAAAAAUUAUUCGAAAUCUACAGAUUGAAACAAUGCAUACAGGUCGAAAAAUUUUUUACCGAUUUCGUGAAUUUGGUCGUCCUGCCAAUCAACUCAAAUUCUCUUGUGGAGAUAAUAAUAAUGAAACAACUGCUACCGCGUCAGUUGAAGAAAUUACUGUUGCAGAUUAUUUUGCUAAAAAACAUAGAAGACUUCAAUUUCCAGAUUUACCUUGUAUUAAUGCAAUAAAAGGAAAUCAAAAUAAACCAAAUUGGUUACCGAUGGAGAUGGUGGCGAUAGUUGAAUGGCAACGUGCGAUAAAACCAUUGGAUAAAACACAACGCGGUGUUGUUUCGAAAAAUACAAUUCUUAAACCAGUACAACGUUACGAGGAAAUUAUGAAAAUUGUCGGAAAUAAUCGAUUUGAUAGAGAUCCGUAUCUAAAAGAAUUAAAUAUACGUGUUGAUGAUAAAGAAAUGAUUAAAUUGAAAGCACGUAUUAUACCAUCACCUCAAAUUCAAUAUCGUUCUCAAGGUAAACGAGAUGCAAUUGAAUAUGUUCGUGGUGGGAAAUGGCGAAUUCGUAAUUGGUUUUGUUCAACACCUGAGAUUCAUACAUGGGGAAUGAUUUAUUUUGGUGAUAAACCAGAUAAAAAUAUACGAAGUAUUCUUGAAAAUUUUCAACAUGAAUUACCUAAUUUACUGGAACGCAAUGGUUUUGUAAUAAAUAACGUGCCAUCUUUAACAAUCAAAGGCAUAGCAGACAGGGAAAUUACGGAAACUUUAUGUAAUGCUAGUAAACAACAAUGGCAAUUGGCUAUCGUUAUUCUCAAUAGUUAUGAUUCAACUAGAGUCUAUGAACUUGUCAAACGUUAUGGAAAUCGAACUAUUGGAUUGAUGACUCAAUGUGUUAAUUUUCAAGCUUUAAAACGAAACAUAAACAAUCUUGGAAUGUAUGUUGAAAAUAUUAGUCAAAAAAUCAAUGGAAAAUUGGGUGGUAUCAAUGGUAUAAUCAACCUUAAAUCAGCCCUUAGUCAUUCUUCAAAAGAUGAUCUCUUUAUGUUCUUUGGAGCUGAUGUAACUCAUUCUACUUGUUCAACAGAUCGUCCAUCGAUUGCUGCUGUUGUUGGUUCCUGUGAUACGACAAAUAAUCUAUAUGCAGCUCGUCUUUGUGAACAAUAUCCGAAAACAGGACGUUGUUCAGUUGAAAUAAUUAAAGAAUUAGAGACAAUGACUGGUCAAUUAAUUGAACUAUUUGCUGAACAUCAUGGUGGUUAUCUUCCCAAUAAAAUUAUAUUUUAUCGAGAUGGUGUCGAUGAAGGUCAAUAUCAAAAAGUACUUGAUAACGAAGUCACUAAAAUAAAACAUGCAUGUCGAAAUAUUUAUGGUAAAAGACCAUUACCACAACUAACCUUUAUUGUUGUAAAGAAACGUCACAAUACACGUUUCUUUCUUUAUGAAAAUAAAGAAACAUUAAAUGUUCAAUCAGGUACUGUUAUCGAUGAAGGUAUUACACAUCCUUCUCAAUUUGAUUUCUAUCUAUGCUCACAAGCUGCAAUUAUGGGUACAUCACGUCCGGCUUUAUAUCAUGUUCUCCAUGACGAUAAUCAAUUUAGUAGUGAUGAUAUUCAACAACUCACCUAUUGGUUAUGUCAUACAGAUAUGCGUUGUACAAAAUCUGUUUCAAUUCCAGCUCCUGUACAUUAUGCUCAUUUAGCAGCUUAUGCAUCACGUGCACUUAAAUCUGAUGAAGAUCAUGAAAGAGAUAGUCUCGAUGAUGAUAAUGAAGAACUUGAGAAUUAUACUCUUGAUGAUAUCAAAACAAAAUUAAUGAUCUUAGAUGAGAAAGUGGCUGAUGAUAUGUGGUUUCUAUAG